AUGGAUGAAAACACUGGCCCUCCUUGCCGAAGAUGCGUUGAGAAGAAUCUUGGUUGUGUGCUCAACAAGAACUUGCAGACGCUGAUAAGCGAAAGGUCACAGUCGACUAUGGCCAUGGUUCACGACUUGGAAAUGAUGCAUACAAGCCUCCAGAAUGUGCUCAAAGCAAUGGAUCUGCCCGUCUUAUCGACAUUACGAAGCUCCAAAUGCUUACUACAGACAUCAUCACACGAGGAGGCCGGCUUAUUUCGCGACAAUUCUCCUGAGAUAUCUCUGGAAUGUGACCAGGAUGGCGACCAGGAGCUUCCAAAGGUGCCUAUAGACUCUGUUUACCACUUAACGAAAUUGAGCGCGCUCCAUUCUCCAGCAGAGAGAGAAGCGGGUCCCUCGAAGCCACCGGUGAAACAGGUGGAUGACCUCGUCGCCAGAGGGAAUCUGUCUCUUGAGGAUGCCCAACGACUGUUUCGUCUUUACAUUGAUCAUCUGGACUUUUUCAUGUACAGGAUUGGUGGUCGCUAUGAGACACUGGACGUGUUACGUAGAAGUUCUCGACUUCUUACCGCCUGCGUUCUCACGGUCUCAGCGCUACAUGAUCCUGAAAGUAACGCUAUCUACGGAGUUUGCAAUGAAGAAUUUAGGCGUCUCUUCGCUGCAUCCAUUUUCAAACGCCAAAUCGACUCAGACUACUUGAGAGCCAUGUGCAUUGCAUCUUACUGGCUUUCUGACAUAAGCUGGGUUGUCUCAGGCUGUGCAGUACGACGAGCAGCCGAAUUCAACUUGACGGGACAUUACCGAAAGGCUGUGAAUGAAGGGAAUGAGGACUCAGCAGACUAUGUACGACUAUGGUAUGUCUUACAUAUAUGUGAUCAGCAUUCGUCGAUGCUGUAUGGACGCCAACCGGUGAUUCGCGAAGAUUACACAAUUCAAGGUUGGAAGGCUUUCAUAGACAAGUCUCACCCAGCGAGCGCGCUGGAAGACACCCGACUUGCCAGUCAAGUCGCACUGGUAAACAUCACACAGAGAGUCCGCGAUCUUUUCGGGCCUGAUCUGGGCGAUCCAGUCCCACAAAUUUAUGCGAUGCAGAUCGCCAACUUCGCUCACGAGCUGGAUCAGUGGGUAAGGCACUGGUCUGCGAUCGUAACAGACCAUCAUAAUCAGAUUGGCGGCUUUCCUCGAAAGGGUGUCCUGUUGCAUUUCCACUUCGCGAAGCUGCAUCUCUACUCCCACGUGUUCAGAGGACUACGUAAUGAGUGCAUACCAUCCCAUUUCUUGGAGGCAGCGUCCUCUGCGGUCUCUGCAGCCACCUCCAUUAUCAACCUUCUGAUAACAGACCCCGACAUCCGAUCGGCAUUGGCAGGCAUGCCCUCAUACAUACAUUCGAUGACUGGCUUUGCAUGCAUGUUCCUUGCUAAGCUGGCCAUGAUCUAUGGGGGAUCUCUCAUUGAGAAAUCGAUUGUCAUCGAUUUGAUCUCAACACUCGUCGUACUUUAUCGAUCUACGCCUGUAGGAGAUUGGCACUUGAUUCACCUCAUGGCCGGUGGUCUCAAAACAGUUGUGGAUAGGCUACAGAGCCCGGCAAUAUCGCAAAUACGCGAGAGCGCAUUUCUUACUGGCACUGGAGAAGAGAACGGCUCCAACAUCCCUGACCAGCCGUCCGUAAACGACAUCUCGCUGAAUUGGGACUUUGAUUUUCUUCUGGACAGCAACAUGAGCCUAGGAGCUCCAGAGCUGAUGUAUCUGAGCACAGGGCUGAACGUGUUCGAAACAACAGAUAAUCUAAGUCCUACCAUCUUAUAG